AUGCGUACAAUUCGCUCAAUUGACUGCCGGACGUGCACGCAAACGCAACACGUCAACUGCGGUGGGACGCGUCGCGUGCUGUGCGUUGAGGAGGAUAUGGUGGAGAAACACGAUGAAAUGGAAGGGAAUUGCUCAUUGACAGAUUGCCCGGGGCUACCGUAUCACCAUCCGUGUCGAGGCGUCAAUCGUACGCAAUGCUACCCGUACGCCCGGAUUCUGAAUAUCACCGAGGAGGGAAGAUGUAUUGUUGAUGGAAUCGACGCUGAGGGUGCUCAUCCAAACUUCGUCACCCACGACCAGCAGGAUCCGGUUGAUCUGACCACGCUGGCCUUGCGCGUCAUCAUCUUCACCGCCCUCAUCAUCUGCAUUGUUUGGCGUGACAAAGAGGGUGAGGCCAACCCGACGAAGGCCAAUCAUCGGGGCGCCCGGCCGCGGCAGGACCCGGUGGAGACAGGCCCCGCCACCCCUCAGACGCCAUUGAGUCGAAAGAGUACGACGACGGCCCGCAGCGACACCUCAUCCAAGAAGGCCACCAGUGCCAGCGAUGAGUCGCCGAUGAUGGAGACGUUAGAUGUGCCGAGGGGAGACAUCGAGCCACUCGCCCCUAGAUGCCACACUUGCCGCAACCCGCUCCGCGACGCUGCUGGGGAUAUGACCCCGUCGGUAUUCGUCGGCGGGUUCUUCUACCAUCAGAAAUGCAUGGGAUGUCGUGUCUGCAGGGCCAAACUCGAUGGAAACGCCUUUAGGCAAUUGAAUGAUGAGCUGCUGUGUCUGGACUGCUAUCAGUUGUCGACACAUCCCGCAUGUUCGGGAUGUGGAGGAAUUCUGAGGGAGAGGGCCAGCUGGGCACUUGGACUGAUGUGGCAUCAGGGAUGCUUCAGAUGUGCUCGUUGUCAUCUUGGAAUGCCUGCCAAUGAAUGGGUGAACAUGAAUGGUGUCCCAUUCUGCGAGAAUUGUGCCUGGAUGUGUACCCUCGAGGGCUCCAUCCCUCCCAAGCCCAAGCCCACCCAAGCCGCU